CAGCCUGUUGUUGUUUGUGCCUCGUGCGCGCGCGAUCGCUAGUUUGUUUAUUUUGUUUGUUUGUGUCGGUGUGUUGGAGGAGGAGUGCGCGCGGGGAGAGCGCGUUACGUCCGCGUGCGUGCGUUUGUUUGUGUUCUUGUGUGCGCUCGCGCUCGGACCGAGGCGCAGGACUUCUUACUGCACUGGGACGCGCUGCGCUCUGGAGCUCCGGUGCGCGCGCCGUGCGCUCCGCUCCGCUCCGCUCGCGCCUUCAGAGGGAUAACCGCCGCCGGGCUUGGACAUGUGAGAGGCGCGCGAGCGUGUGCGUGAGUGAGCGUGCGUGUUUUUUGGACGCGAAGAUGAAGCUGAAGAGUUCGGUGUGGGGCUUCUUCACCUGCCUGCUGCUCGCGCUCAGGGGCGGCCACUCGCAACAAGUGUGCACUGGAACAGAAAACAAACUGAGCACCCUCUCGGAUCUGGAGCAGCAGUAUCGGACCCUGAGAAAAUACUACGAGAACUGUGAGGUGGUGAUGGGGAACCUGGAGAUCACCAGCAUCGACCGCAGCAGAGACCUCUCCUUCCUCAGGUCAAUCCGGGAGGUAACAGGAUACGUGCUGGUGGCUCUAAACCAGUUUGACUACCUGCCAUUAGAGAAUCUACGGAUCAUCCGCGGUACACGGCUUUACGAGGAUCGCUACGCCCUCGCCAUCUUCCUCAACUACCGGCGUGAUGGAAACUUCGGUCUGCGGCAGCUCGGCCUCAAGAACCUCACAGAGAUCCUGCACGGAGGAGUGUAUGUGGACCAGAAUAAGUUCUUGUGCCAUGCUGAUACCAUCCACUGGCAGGACAUAGUGAAGAACGCCCGGUCCGAUCACCUGGUGGUGCCGUCCAACAGCAGCAGCUCCUGUCAGAGGUGCCAUCGAGCGUGUAACGGCCGCUGCUGGGGUCCGAAGGAGAACCAGUGCCAGAGCUUGACGAAGACGGUGUGUGCUGAACAGUGUGAUGGCCGGUGUUUUGGCCCCUAUGUGAGUGACUGCUGCCAUCGUGAGUGUGCAGGGGGCUGCUCUGGGCCUAAAGACACCGACUGCUUUGCGUGCACUAAUUUUAACGACAGCGGGGCGUGUGUGACCCAGUGCCCACAGCCGUUCGUCUACAACCCCACCACCUUCCAGCUGGAGCAUAACCCACGAGCCAAAUACACUUAUGGAGCGUUCUGCGUCAAGAAAUGUCCCCAUAACUUCGUGGUGGACCACAGCUCAUGUGUGAGAGCGUGCCCCAGCAAUAAGAUGGAAGUGGAGGAGAACAAGAUAAAGAUGUGUAUACCCUGCACUGAUAUUUGCCCUAAAGCAUGUGAUGGCAUCGGCACGGCGAGUCUGCAGACAGCCCAGACCGUGGACUCCAGCAACAUCGACAAGUUUAUCAACUGCACCAAGAUCAAUGGCAACCUGGUGUUCCUCAUCACGGGAAUCAAAGGGGAUGUGUAUCACAAUAUAGAAGCUCUGGAUCCAGAGAAGCUCAACGUGUUUCGCACAGUUCGAGAGAUCACUGGCUUCCUGAACAUUCAGUCAUGGCCAGAGAACAGGACAGAUCUGAGUGUGUUCUCCAAUCUGGCAACCAUCGGCGGCCGAUCACUUUACAGUGGAAUCUCUCUGCUGGUGCUGAAGCAGCAGUGGAUCACGUCUCUGCAGCUGCAGUCCAUGCGCGAGAUUAGCGCCGGUAACGUCUACAUCACCAACAACAGCCAGCUGUGCUACUACAACACCAUCAACUGGACCAGCCUGUUCCGCAUCCCCACCCAGAAAGCCCUGAUCCGCAACAACCGCGACCCCAAAGAGUGCAUCAUGGAGAAGAUGAUCUGUGACCCGCUGUGUUCAGACGGUGGAUGCUGGGGUCCAGGGCCCGACCAGUGCCUGUCCUGCAGAUUCUUCAGUCGGGGCCGGACCUGUGUAGAAUCCUGCAACCUCCACCAAGGGGAUGUACGGGAGUUCGCUAACGGCUCAGUGUGUCUGGAAUGUGAUGCUCAGUGUCAGAAAGCCGAUGAUGAUGGUCUGACCUGCACUGGACCGGGUCCUGAUCACUGUGUAAAGUGUCUCCACUUUAAGGAUGGACCCAAUUGUGUAGAGAAAUGUCCCGACGGCCUUCAGGGAACCAACAGCUUCAUCUUCAAAUACGCAGAGGCCAAUAACGAGUGCCACCCCUGCCAUGCCAACUGCACUCAGGGAUGUACAGGUCCCAGACUUCAGGACUGCAUCGGCAUGAUUGACAGGACUCCUUUAAUCGCUGCUGGAGUUAUCGGAGGGUUGUUUGUUGUGGUCAUUAUUGCGCUGGGCGUGGCCGUGUCAGUGAGACGGAAAAGCAUCAAAAAGAAGAGAGCUCUGAGACGCUUCCUGGAAACAGAGCUGGUGGAGCCCCUGACCCCAAGUGGAACGGCCCCUAACCAGGCUCAGUUACGGAUCCUGAAGGAGACGGAGCUGAAGAGGGUGAAGAUCCUGGGUGCAGGAGCUUUUGGCACUGUCUACAAGGGGAUCUGGGUGCCUGAGGGUGAGACGGUGAAGAUCCCAGUGGCCAUUAAGAUCCUGAACGAGGCGACAGGCCCUAAAGCUAACGUGGAGUUCAUGGAUGAGGCCCUCAUCAUGGCCAGCAUGGAGCACCCCCACCUGGUGCGUCUGUUAGGGGUGUGUCUGAGCCCCACCAUCCAGCUGGUGACCCAGCUCAUGCCCCACGGCUGCCUGCUGGACUACGUCCACGAGCACAAGGACAACAUCGGCUCCCAGCUGCUCCUCAACUGGUGUGUGCAGAUCGCCAAGGGCAUGAUGUAUCUGGAAGAGCGGCGGCUGGUGCACAGGGAUCUGGCAGCCAGGAACGUCCUGGUGAAGUCACCCAACCACAUCAAGAUCACAGACUUCGGGCUGGCGCGGCUGCUGGACGGAGAUGAGAAAGAGUACAACGCGGACGGAGGGAAGAUGCCAAUUAAGUGGAUGGCUUUGGAGUGUAUCCACUACAGGAAGUUCACCCACCAGAGUGACGUUUGGAGUUAUGGAGUAACGAUCUGGGAGCUGAUGACGUUUGGGGGGAAGCCAUAUGAUGGGAUUCCCACGAGAGAGAUCCCUGAUCUUCUGGAGAAAGGAGAGAGACUUCCCCAGCCGCCAAUCUGCACCAUCGACGUCUACAUGGUCAUGGUCAAAUGUUGGAUGAUCGAUGCGGACAGCAGACCCAAAUUCAAGGAGCUGGCUGCUGAAUUCUGCAGGAUGGCCCGAGACCCGCAGCGCUACCUGGUCAUCCAGGGUGAUGACCGGAUGAAGCUGCCCAGUCCCAAUGACAGUAAGUUUUUCCAGAGUUUGCUGGAUGAGGAGGAGCUGGAGGAUCUGAUGGAUGCGGAGGAGUACCUGGUUCCUCACGCCUUCAACAUCCCUCCACUAACGUACACCACCCGCUCACGGGUCGACUCCAACCGGAACCAGUUUGCGUAUCAGGACGGCAGUUUCGGGAUGGAGGAGAUGAUGGCCACCAUACCGCGGGUCGUGGCUGUAUCUGCGGUAACGCCGUCCUGCUCCUCUCAAGAAGCAUCAAUAGCACUCCAGCAGAGCGCAGCAGCGCCCCCAGAGGACCCGCGCUGUAACGGCACCCUGAGGAAACAGCCCUUGUCCAGACUCAGCGCUGUGGAGGACAGCAGCGGUCAGCGGUACAGCACCGACCCCACCCUGCUGCUUAGUGAACGGGCGGCCAGGGCUGAUAAAGAUCAGGAUGGAUACAUCAGCGCCAAGAAGGACAAAAACCCCUCAGAUUAUCUCAACCCUGUGGAGGAGAACCCGUUCGUUACCCGACGCAGGAAUGGAGAGAUCCAUACGCUGGACCCUGCCCACCACUCCGCCUCCAACGGUCAGCCCAAGAUGGAGGACGAGUAUGUGAACGACCCUCUCUAUCUCAACACCUUCCAUAACUCUGGGGACAAGAGCCAAGAAACCCUGAGGAAGAAUGGAAUACCUGUAGCUCAUACAGUAGCAGCGGCGGCAGCAGUGGCAGCAGGAGUCAACCCUGGACCCUCAAGUGCCCAAAACCCAACACACAGCGCCCCCUCUGGUCACAUACACCUUCCAGCACAACCUAUAUAUUCGGGUCAACAGGGAAUCCCAACGCUCUCUGGCCACACUCUCCAUCCAUCGCAUCCUGGACACCCAACGCUCACCCUCCACCCGGCACACACUGGUACCAUCAUGGCUGAUAAAAAGCCCAAAAAGACCUUUGACAAUCCAGAGUACUGGCAGCACAGUCUUCCACCCAAGGCCACUCUGCACAACCCGGAGUACUUGCAGGACUGCAGCACUCGCUUCUUCUACCGGCAGAACGGCCGAAUCCGGCCGGCGGUGGCCGAAAACCAAGAGUACCUGACCGAAUACGCUCUGAAACCUGGCACAGUGCUGCCCCCACCUCCUUACAGGCAGAGGAAUACGGUCGUUUAGUAGUAGAGGAGAGGAGUAGAGAUGGAGGAGUGGGGGAAGGAUAAUAUAUAUAUAUAUAUAUAU